CUAAAAAGAUACAUGCUUGGAGAAUGUUAACACCGUUGUAACAAACUUUUUGGCAACGCAAUUAAAGUGAAGUUGGCACGGUUAGCUAACGCGACUACACGGGAAGGAAAGUUUCUUCGGCAAAAAGGUGAAAACCAGCACUCACACUGUAAGAGGAGGACCACCAACCUAAACCUGGGGAGCCACUGGAGCCCCAGGGUGCUGGAAUGGAGCAACUCAUAGAGUCACUGGAAAGGAAGUUGCAGAGACCCAUACUGGCUAAGUCCCGUACUCUCCCCAGCAUUCCCCAGUCUCCUACAGUCUCCAGGGUCCAUCAGUCUGAUCUGAUUGGUGGGAGUCCUCCUCACAGAAAGAACCCACCCGCUGAAGACAGCCACCCAAAAGCCUGCACUUUGCCACCUGCAGGGGAGCUGUGGCGUUUGGAGGAUGACAUGGAGGGGGAAGACGAGCCUGAACGCGGUGGGUGCACCGAGGCACGCCCUCGCUCCCAGUCUCCCUUUUCCCAUUUCCGGGCGCGAGCUGCCUACCUCCGCAAGAGCGUCUCAGCAGAUGACCACCUGGACAUCGGCUCGGACUUCACCUCUGGUACUGCAGUUGAGGGAAAGCCAACCCGUGGCGGCAAGGGCAAGCUGAAGAGAAAGUUUAGUUUGGGUUCUGCUGACCGGAAGGAGAAUCAGCACAAGAAGUCAGAGUCGGGGAUCUCCAAAUUCACCCAUCGCCUGUCCCUCAAAGAGCGUGUGAACAAAGCGGAGAAGACUUCCACAGAAAGACCUUCAUCCUACAGGAGACGAUCUCUUAGCGUGGACUGGGCUGACUCCUCCAAGAUGACGCAGCCCAUGAGGGGGGACCAGGCCCACCAGCCGGUCCCAGCCCGCAAGACGGCCAGCCUGUCCUCGCCAAGCGCGGCUCGCCGCCUUUACCGCAACUUGUCUGGAAAGUUCCGUGUGGGCACCAACCCCCCUUCCCUGGAGGACGGCGUGGUGUCAGGACGAGGAGGAGACAAGGAGAGGCUGCGCAAAACCACCAUAUUCCAGAGUAAUGAAGCGUUGUUUGAGGCAGUGGAGCACCAGGAGUUGGACUUGGUACAGCUGCUUCUCUCCCAGUACAGUCUUGAGGAGCUUGACCACAACACCCCAAACAGCGAGGGCCUCCUGCCCCUCGAUAUCGCUAUCAUGACCAACAACGUGCCCAUGGCCAAGCUGCUACUGCGAGCUGGUGCCAAGGAGAGCCCCCACUUUGUGAGUCUGGAGGGCCGAUCGGUGCAUUUGGCCACCUUGGUGCAGGAGGCUGAGCAGCGGGUGUCCGAGCUUCAGGCCCAGGUUCAUAGCGAGGGUCCUGGUGAGCGGGAGGGAUCGGACCAGGAGAGGCAGCUGAAGGCCUGGGAGUGGAGGCUCCGGCUCUUCAGACGCAUGCAGACGGGCUUCGAGCAUGCUAACCCUCCAGAUGCUCCAAGUGUAGUUCGCCUGUCCGUCAGCAGCUGCACCAGCCUGAGGGUGGACUUCCAGGAACCUCUCUGUGUCAACUCUGCUGUGGUUACUAAGUACAAAGUGAGCUGGAGCACUUCUCCUUCAUUAAGUCCUUUGUUGGGUGAGAUGCUGGUGGAGGACACCACAGUGCUACAGUGCAACAUCACUGGACUCACGUCUGGGACAUAUUACUAUGUCCAGGUGUCAGCCUACAACAUGAAGGGCUGGGGGCCGCCGCUGGUUUCCACCCCUGCCUGUGCUGCACCUUCGAGUUGGAGGGAUAUCGAUGGCCGUGCUCCACGUCAGAGGGGCCAGAAGGAGGCUCUGGACCAGCUACUCGGGCAGAUAAAAGAAGCUCACCGCCACUGUGUCUGCCAUGAACAGUGCAAAGCUCCUCCACAAGGGAGGAAGCACUCAGUAUCUAAGAGCCUGCGCCACCUCUUCCAACCCACCAGCAAGUUUGUUAAAAGCUUGAAAAGAGGUCUUUAUUUGACAUCCAUCCUCUACAGAGAUGACAAUGUAUUGGUGACUCCAGAGGACCAGAUUCCUAUUGUGGAGGUUGAAGAUUCCUAUCCCAGCUCCCUCAUGCAGGACUUUCUCUGGUUUACCAAGGUAUCCUAUCUGUGGGAGGAGAUUCCCUGGCUGCAGCAGUGUCUCAGUCCUUCCCAGUCGUCCUGCUCCUGUACUCUGCAGACACGCCUCAAGAUGCUGCAGGCCGUCUCCCUGCUACAGGGGAUGCUGGGGACCCAGGACCUUGGACAGGUGUAUUUUGAGCCAAUCAAAGACAAGCAUGGUAACGCCCUGCUGGUGCUUCUGAAGGACAUGAAUGCCUGUCCCAACCUGGAUGGGGUUCGCUGGACGCAGCUUUGUAAACUGCAGCUCCAGCGCAAGUCCAUCUCAUCCCCUGAAGAGCCCACUGCCUUAGAUGUGCUUCUCAUCACGCUCCAUGAGAAGCUGGCGUAUCACAGGCGAAGCAGGAAGAUGUUGUCUCCUGGCUUAUACCUGGGAUACCUGAAGCUGUGUACAUCAGUGGAGCAGAUCAGAGUGCUGGUGCCCCAGAAACUCCCCAAUGUUCUCUGUCACACAAAAAUUCGGGACAACAGCAACGUGUCCAGAGAGGAGUGGCAGUGGCUGCAGGCCCUCAGCUCUCUCGACGAGUCAUUGGAAAUGGACCGCGAAGAACAGAGUGCUCCACAUCGCCUCCUCCAGGACCUGCGCAGCGCCAUCAAGGACCUGAUGGCACACAUCAAUGUCCCUGGCAAUCAGGCGCAGGACUUCCGUAUCUACAGCCAGGAAGUGGUGGAGUUUGGGGAGAAAGUGUCCUUCCUGCUCCUCCUGCCACCCUCAGAUGAAGUGUGCACAGCUCCCGGUCAGAAUAACCCGUACUCCCCUCGUUCUGGCUUCCUUACCCUGCCCCUGCAGAUCUUUGAACUGGGUAGGUAA